AUGGAACAUGCCGUACGCAAGCUCAACGCUCUUGGCUACUCGGCAUCCGACAUCCAAUCGAUCGGUAUCACCAAUCAGCGCGAAACAGUCCUUGUCUGGGACAAGCUCACAGGUCAACCCAUUUACCCGGCUAUUAUCUGGAGCGACGGCCGCACAGCAGAUACAGUACAAAAGCUUGCCUCGUCAAGUGACAAGGGCAAGCUUGCAUUGCAACACAUUUGUGGUUUACCCCUGACAACGUACUUUUCAGCUGUCAAAUUACGGUGGCUGCUAGAUAACAUUCCUGAGGUGGCAGAAGCCAAAGAACAGGGUCGUCUGCAGUUUGGCACCCUGGAUACCUGGCUCAUCUAUAAUCUGACUGGCGGAGUCGAUGCAGGCGUCGUAGUUACAGAUGUGACCAAUGCGAGCCGUACCAUGCUAAUGGAUAUCCACACUCUGCAAUGGAGCGAAGAAGCACUGCAAUUUUUUGGUGUCGAGAACUUGCACCUGCCCAAACUCGUAUCUUCAUCUGAAAUCUAUGGGAACAUUGCCAGCGGCGCACUGGAAGGUAUUCCUAUCGCCGGCUGUCUUGGCGACCAGCAAGCAGCCCUUGUAGGCCAGAAAUGCUUCAAGCGCGGCGAUGCCAAAAACACAUACGGCACCGGCUGCUUCAUGCUCUUCAACACCGGCAACAAGCCCGUCAUAUCACAGCAUGGUCUGCUCUCGACUGUUGCAUACCAAUUUGGCCAAAACUCGACUCCAUCCUACGCCCUUGAAGGAUCUGUCGCAGUGGCAGGCUCCUCCAUCAGCUGGCUGCGCGAUAAUCUCAAACUGAUCAACUCUGUCGACCAACUGAACGAACUUGCCGCUGAAGUACAAGACACUGCCGGUGUGUAUUUCGUCACUGCAUUCGCCGGUCUGUUUGCACCUUACUGGCGUGACGAUGCACGCGGCACCAUCUGUGGUUUGACCCAGUUUACAACACUGCAUCAUAUUGCUCGUGCUACAUUGGAGGCCGUGUGCUACCAGUCGCGUGCUAUUCUGGAUGCCAUGAACAAGGAGAGCAACACGCCCCUGCGAUCGCUCAAGGUCGACGGCGGUAUCUCCAACUCGGACCUCUGCAUGCAGAUCCAAUCUGAUAUCCUCGGCAUCAACGUCGAUCGUCCCAGUAUGCGCGAGUCCACUGCUCUGGGCUCGGCCAUCGCUGCUGGUUUGGCCGUUGGCGUAUGGGGGUCUAUCGAGGAGUUGGAACACGUCAACAACAAGGACCGAACUACUUUCGAACCACAGAUCGAUAGUGAGAAACGUGGCAAAAUGUACGAUGGCUGGCAAGAAGCUGUCAAGCGCUCGUUUGGCUGGACUUCUGCUGUCUAA